GCCAUUCUCACAAGCUCUUACUUAGUCACUACACAAGAAGAGUGCUUCUAUCUGUGUGAGAGCGGGCGACUGUGUUUAGAUAGAUGGGUGAAGAAUUGAAGCUAUUUGGUGUGUGGGGGAGCCCGUUUAGCCGGCGAAUCGAGAUAGCUCUAAAGAUCAAAGGUGUUGAAUAUGAGUACUUAGAGGAAGACAUAUUCCACAACAAGAGCGCUUUACUUCUCAAGUACAACCCUGUGCACAAGAAGAUACCCGUGCUUGUCCACAAUGGCAAACCCAUCGCAGAGUCUCAGGUGAUUCUUGAGUACAUCGACGAGACAUGGAAUGACAACCCGAUAUUGCCACGAGAUCCGUACAAGAGAGCAAUGGCCCGUUUCUGGGCUAAGUUCAUUGAUGAAAAGUGCGUGCCAGCUAUCUGGAAAUCCUUUAUGAGCGGAGGGCCCGAAAGGGAAAAGGCAAAUGAGGAAGCAUGUGAGCUCUUGAGCACUCUUGAAGGCGAGCUCAAAGGCAAGAAGUUCUUCGGAGGCGAGACCGUCGGGUUCGUCGAUAUCGUGGCCAGCUUCAUCGGCCACUGGGUUGGACCCUUCCAAGAAGCGGUCGGGGUCGACCUCCUGACUGAGGACAAGUUCCCAAUGCUGUGUAAGUGGGCCGAAGAGUUUAAGAAUUGCCCUGUCAUCAAGGAGAAUCUGCCUCCAAGGGACAAGAUCUUGGCCUUCUUCAAGGCUCAACUCGAGAUGUUAACUAGCUUUUACAAAAAUAGGGUGUGAGUUUCGGGUCAUCCUUGGGUCGUAGUUUGAUUGGGUUUUUGUGUUUGUGUUAUGGCAUUUUGGGUUGUCAUAAAGCUGAUCCGAGUGGUAUGUUAGAGUCUAUGGCAUCUUGAUAGUGAUUGUCAGUAAUAUUGAAAAAAUCAUCAUGGUUAAGCGUCAUUUAGCUGUGAUUUUGUGGUGUCCCACGUGUUAUAUAUACGUACUUCCUAUGGAUUAAAUGAAAAUCCAAAUGCCUUGUUCCUCCUUGUCCAUGUAAAUCAAAUUGUUAUAUUUGAUUCUUGAGUACAUCGACGGACAUGGAAGGACAACCCGAUCUUACCAUGAGAUCCGUACGAGAGAGCAAUGGCUCAUUUCUAGGUUAAGUUCUUGGAUGAAAAUGUAAUCAUUCUGUCUUUAAAUUGAGCGAUGGCUCGUAUCUGGGUUGUGGUUUGA